GCAGUUGGCUCGGCGGCAGCGGAGCGGCCGGAGCGGCCGGAGCGGCGGUGCGGAGCUGGGCCGCGCGGCGUGGCGCGGGGAGCGGCGGCGGCGGCAGAGCCAGAGCAACAUGGCGCCGGUGGAAGGGGGCGGGCGCCCGGGCGACGGGCCGGCCCGCGGGCGCCUCCUCCUGGCGGCGCCGGUGCUGCUGGUGCUGCUGUGGGCGCGGGGGGCCCGGGGCCAGGGCAGCCCCCAGCAGGGCGCGAUCGUGGGCAUGAGGCUGGCGAGCUGCAACAAGUCGUGUGGGACGAACCCGGAUGGCAUCAUCUUCGUGUCCGAGGGCAGCACCGUGAACCUGAGGCUGUACGGCUACAGCCUGGGCAACAUCUCCGGUAACCUAAUCUCCUUCACCGAGGUGGACGAUGCCGAGACCCUCCACAAGUCCACCAGCUGUCUCGAGCUCACCAAGGACCUGGUUGUCCAGCAGCUGGUCAACGUGAGCCGCGGGAACACGUCCGGCGUGCUGGUGGUGCUCACCAAGUUCCUCCGGAGGAGCGAGAACAUGAAACUGUAUGCACUGUGCACCCGGGCCCAGCCCGACGGGCCCUGGCUGAAGUGGACGGACAAGGACUCACUGCUCUUCAUGGUGGAGGAGCCUGGGAGGUUCCUGCCUCUCUGGCUGCACAUCCUUCUCAUUACGGUGCUGCUGGUGCUGUCGGGCAUAUUUUCUGGCCUCAACCUCGGGCUUAUGGCCCUGGACCCCAUGGAGCUGCGCAUCGUGCAGAACUGUGGCACCGAGAAGGAGAGGCGCUAUGCCCGCAAGAUUGAGCCCAUCCGGCGCAAGGGCAACUACCUUCUCUGUUCGUUGCUCCUGGGGAACGUGCUGGUCAACACCUCCCUCACCAUCCUUCUAGACAACCUCAUCGGGUCCGGCCUCAUGGCGGUGGCCUCCUCCACCAUUGGCAUUGUCAUCUUUGGGGAGAUCCUACCUCAGGCCCUGUGCUCCCGACACGGGCUGGCUGUGGGUGCCAACACCAUCAUUCUCACCAAAUUCUUUAUGCUGCUCACCUUCCCCCUCAGUUUUCCCAUCAGCAAGCUCCUGGACUUUUUUCUGGGCCAGGAGAUUCGCACUGUUUACAACCGGGAGAAGCUGAUGGAGAUGUUGAAGGUGACGGAGCCGUAUAAUGACCUCGUGAAAGAGGAGCUCAAUAUGAUCCAGGGUGCCCUGGAACUCCGCACCAAAACCGUAGAGGAUAUCAUGACUCAGCUCCAGGACUGCUUCAUGAUCCGCAGCGAUGCCAUCUUGGACUUCAACACCAUGUCCGAGAUCAUGGAAAGCGGCUAUACCCGCAUCCCGGUGUUCGAAGAUGAGCAGUCCAAUAUUGUAGAUAUUCUCUACGUCAAAGACUUGGCCUUUGUGGACCCUGAUGACUGCACCCCGCUCAAGACAAUCACUCGCUUCUACAACCACCCGGUGCACUUUGUCUUCCAUGACACCAAGUUGGAUGCCAUGCUGGAGGAGUUCAAGAAGGGGAAGUCCCACCUGGCCAUCGUGCAGAAGGUAAACAACGAGGGUGAGGGUGACCCCUUCUACGAGGUCCUGGGCCUGGUCACCCUGGAGGACGUGAUCGAGGAGAUCAUCAAGUCAGAGAUCCUGGAUGAGUCCGACAUGUACACCGACAACCGAAGCCGGAAGCGGGUGUCCGAGAAGAACAAGCGCGACUUCUCCGCCUUCAAGGAUACGGACAGUGAGCUCAAAGUGAAAAUCUCCCCGCAGCUCCUCCUGGCUGCUCAUCGCUUCCUAGCCACAGAGGUUCCCCAGUUUAGCCCCUCCCUGAUAUCAGAGAAGAUCCUGCUGCGGCUGCUCAAGUACCCAGAUGUCAUUCAGGAACUCAAGUUUGAUGAGCAUAAUAAGUACUACGCCCGCCAUUACCUGUACACCCGAAAUAAGCCGGCCGACUACUUCAUCCUCAUCCUGCAGGGGAAGGUGGAGGUGGAGGCAGGGAAGGAGAACAUGAAGUUUGAGACGGGCGCCUUUUCCUACUAUGGGACUAUGGCCCUGACCUCGGUCCCCUCCGACCGUUCCCCAGCCCACCCCACCCCACUCAGCCGCUCAGCCUCCCUCAGUUACCCAGACCGCACGGACAUCUCAACUGCAUCAGCCUUGGCAGGCAGCAGCAACCAGUUCGGCAGCUCUGUCCUGGGCCAGUACAUCUCUGACUUCAGCGUCCGGGCCCUUGUGGACUUGCAGUACAUCAAGGUCACUCGGCAGCAGUACCAGAACGGGCUGCUGGCCUCACGCAUGGAGAACAGCCCUCAGUUUCCCAUAGACGGGUGCACCACCCACAUGGAGAACUUGGCCGAGAAGUCUGAGCUGCCCGUGGUGGAUGAGACCACGACUCUUCUCAACGAGCGUAACUCCUUGCUACACAAAGCCUCCCACGAGAGUGCCAUCUGACAGGAGGGCCCGGGGCCCUCCGCCUACCCUGCGGGGGCCUCCCCAGUGGGCCCACAUGAAGAGAGGGAACCUGUUAGUCCAGAAAGGUUGCAGAUAGAUAGCCUGUCUGACUGAGCAACCAGAUGGCCCCCAGCCUGUGGGGGAUCUGGCCUCUGCCAGGGACCUCUGAGUAGCUCUGAGGUGGCACUGUCCAGCCCUGGAUAGGUGGGGCAGUGGGCCAGCUACCAUGAGCAAAGGCUGUUUUUUACUGAGAGUAUUUCUAAACUAGGCUCAUCGCUCUUCUUUUUAAAUAUCAUUUUGGGAAGGGAAGACAGGGUUAAGGAACUUUAUUUAAAAUUUUUUUUUUCCCUAAAAACUAUAAAAGAAGAAGGGUUUCUUGUCCUGGGAAGCAAUGGAUAUGAUCUGCUCCCAGCCAUGGCCUUCCAGCUUGUGUCCCUGAUUGCGGGAGCUCUCCCUUCCACCUCCUCUUCCUCCUCCGGAGGUGCGAUUCCAGAGCCUGCCGGUGGAGGCUUGUCUCUUGGAAGGAAGACAGCUCUUCACAGGAAGCAGAGAACCAACUGGUAUGGAGAUCAGCUGCCUGGGCACCUGCGCCGUAGCUUGUCUGACAAUGCUGAGGCCAGGAGCUCCUGGGUAGCUGUGAUCAGGGACAUGAUAAUCCAAGCUAUGGAGAGGAGCACAUCUGCUGUCAACCGCUGUACCCAGAAAUCUCCUAGAACUCUGCCGACAGCCUCUCCUGGUGAGUCAGGACUCGGCUGAGGACAGACACAUCCCCACCCUGCCUGCCAUCCAGCCCUUUGGACAACUGGCCCCUUCGUGACGGGGCAGACUCAAGUGUUAGGCAGGGUCUCAGGCCUUCGAUUGCUCACCCCUGCUCCCCAGGCCCUGCCCUCACUUUUACCAAAGGUUCCCCAUCGGCAGGAGGGCAUCUACGUUGGAGGUGACUUGUCUGGGUUCUUCCUUUUGGUUCCGGAAGGAACUGUCAGUCAUCGGCAUCUGCGUUGUUAGCAGUCAGUACCACCCCCGCCCCACAAUGAGAGUCAAGGCUGACUUGUUGACUGAAGCCUUUUUCCCAGAUUCCUUAUUUCGAAUCCCCAAGCCUCAGUCCCUCUUGGGGAUGGGGACAAGAGGACGUGUGGGAAGCCACGGAAGCAGGUUCUUUAUGUCCUUUCCUCUGUGGCUGGCAAGGCUCACCUGGCCUUAUCCACCCACUUAUGGAACCUCAGGAGAGGACAGCUCCUCCUAAAGGCAUGCAGCUUGCAACCCUGCUUUCUCACAGGCGUGAUCCUAGUGUGAGAGGUCGUUCUGCCCUUGCUGAAGUUAGUAGUACUGUACCAAGAGCUCUGCCCCCAUGUGAAUUGCUGCCCUGGUGCCUCUUCCCUGGGGCUGAAUCAGGCCCUGCUGCAGAACUCCAGGUUUCCCAGAGUCGGGGAGGCUGUGGGACCAAGGUCCCUGUUGGCCCUUCUGCUGAGUGCAGCAGGAGCUGGGUCCUGAGAGCCUGGCCGGUGAAACUGCAGGCUUUCUGCCUGAGUAUUAUUUAUUCACUCCUUUCCUCACCCCAAGUGCCCUGCUCCCCAGGUGCCUAGAGAAUCCUAACUCUUAGGACCAGGGAUUAUCUUGCACCAAGUAUGCCUACCCCUGGCCAGUCUGAGGUCUCCUAGCCAUAGAACUGACUCCUGGAAGCCUGGAGAGAAGGUGGUGACACCCGUGGGUUCUCAACUGUAAGGAAAAAAGACACCAGACUUUUGUUCCCUAUUGGGGGAAAGCCCUUAGUCUUCUCCAGGAGCAGCUUGCUCCCAAGUCCUUUUGGAAGCUGGAAGAGCUGUACUCCUGACAGCCUGACUGCCAGGUGGAGCAAAAGACGUUGGUGGGGGUGUGGGAAGCAAAAGGGGCAGGUGUACACACCUCCACAGUGACCUCUGUGCACACGGUUACCGCCAACUGGCUGACCACCCUCUUCCCUGGCCCAUUGAUCAUCCCUUCUCACAGAGGGUCAUCAUUAUUUCCAAAUAUUGUUGGUCUGAUGACUUCCUCCUCCCAGUGCAAUUUUUCACUUCCUAUUUCAACCUCUGGUUCCUGGGAUGAGCCAUACCCUGGAACUGUCCCGCCCGCUGUGUCUUCCAUGUAAGGGAGACCUUUGCAAAUGGCAUCCAAAUGGGUAGGCAGGUCACAGCCGCCGUAUUUAUUUUGCAUAAUAUUUUAAUUUGUAUAUUUUUGUGAUUUACUUUGGCGUUAUGAGUUUGACUCUCGGGGAGUUUUGUUGUUAUGACUCUUGUGUCUUUUGUCACAAAACAAUGAUAAUAUUUGCUAAAGGAUAUAUGGAAUUUAUUUUUGAUUGGUAAUAAAAAAUGAAAUAUGUAUAAA